AUGGAUUCCGUCUCUCCGCCACGGUCAUUUCCUUCGUCGCCCUCCUUCGAGGUCGCCCGCUCGGCACGAUCCUCGCCUAUCUCACGGCCAGCGCUCUCACUCGACCUGUCCAACCUGCCGGCUCUGUCGCAGCCGUCGCCGCCGUCCAACACGCUGCUGAUCACGGACCUGCACGACCUGUACCUCUUCCAGCCGGCGUCGCUGGAGGCGAUCCGCGCGCGCAUCACCGCCGUCGCACCGCUCAACUCCUUCUCACCGCUGCCGUCCUUCCGCCGCAUCGUCUGCUCGUUCCUGAGCGUCGACGACGCCGUCCGCAUCCGCCAGCUGCUCGACGGCGAGGCCUUGCUCAACCGCGCAGUCCGCCCCCGCAUCUACUUCGGCGAGUCUACCCCGCUGCUCGACCAGGCCGGCGGGCCUAAAUUCCUCGAGGCGCCCCAGCUCGACAAACUCUUCUUCAUCAGUCCCCCGCCCAGUCCGCCGCACGGUUGGGUCAUGCGCAACGAAGAACCCCCCAACAAGGAGGUUCACGCGCAUGACCUCGCAUACGCCCUCUCCCAGCUCAAAACACAUCACGAUGAUCUUGAAGAACAGCAACCCCAGCCCCAGCCCCAGCAGUCUACAGGGCCAGCUAGCGGAUCAUCGCACGCAGACCCCGCAACCCCGGUCUCCAUCUCUUCCGAUAAACGUACCCCGAGCUGGCCCGUCCCCCCUCGCCAGCGCAGCCGGAGCAGCACCCUCAUCUACCACCCGGACAAUCAUGGCGGUAGCCCCAACCUCCCCGCCGUGAUGGUCGAGGACACCAGUCUGGCUGUCGACGAGCUGGACUCGGACGUCGACAUGUUGGCCAGCCCGGUCGAGCAAGUCUCGCUUCGGAAGCUUCCGCCCAAGACUUCCCGCCCGCCUGUCGAGCUGAUGUAG